AUGAGCCGCACGACUAUCGACUCUGGAUGGACCUUUUCACAGAUUGCGUCGCCGACGAACGCUAAUGUCGUCGAGGACUGGGCGGCCUGCAGCAAGGUCCCCACCAGCGUCCAGGUCGAGCUCCAGAAGAGCGGCAAGAUCCCGGACCCCUACAAGGGCCUCGCCGAGUGGGAUGUUCAGUGGAUCGGUGAGGCCGACUGGGCUUUCAAGACGACCUUUGCUGCUACUCCCGAGCAGCUGGCGGCUGGCAACGCGGACCUCGUCUUCGAGGGUCUCGACACGUACUGCACGGUCACUCUCAACGGCGAGGAGCUGGCGGUGACGGACAACAUGUUUGUCUCGCACCGCCUGAACGUCGUCGGCAAGCUCAAGGCGAGCAACGAGCUCGUCCUCAAGUUUGACGCUCCCGUCCUCCGCGCAAAGCUUGAGGAGAAGAACAACGGCGGCAAGAUGACCCUCUGGAACGGCGACUCUUCGCGUCUGUACUCGCGCAAGGCCCAGUACGGCUGGGGUUGGGACUGGGGACCGAUCAUCAUGACUGUUGGUCCUUGGCGCCCGAUCUACCUCGAGACCUACGAGUACCGCAUCGACAACCUGCGCGUCGACACCGACGUCUCGGGCGACAAGUACGACCAGGCCACCCUCGCCGUUCGCGAGCUCGACAUUCUCCCGGCCCCUCCUGCCGAGUUCAAGGUCGCCUACACUCUCACUGCUUCUGACGGCUCGGUCGUCAAGCAGGCCGUUGCUAGCGGAAGCGAGUUCCCCAAGUGGGAGCUUGGUCCCAACGACGUUCAGGCAUGGUACCCCAUCAACUACGGUGCCCAGCCCCUCUACUCGCUCGAGGUUGCCGUUCUUGACUCUGCCGGCGCUUCGCUUGCCACCACCAAGCAGCGCGUGGCCUUCCGUCACGUCCAGAUUGUCCAGGAGGCUCUCCCCACCGAAGGCAGCUCGUUCCUCUUUGAGGUCAACGGCGUCCGCAUCUUCUGCGGUGGCUCCAACUGGAUCCCCGCCGACAACUACCUCACCGAGGUCUCGGAGCAGCGCUACAAGGACUGGAUCGACCUUUUCAUCUCCGGAAACCAGAACAUGCUCCGUGUCUGGGGUGGCGGUAUCUACGAGGAGGAGGUCCUCUACGACUACUGUGACGAGAAGGGUGUGCUGGUCUGGCAGGACUUUAUGUUCGGCUGUGGUCUCUACCCUUCGUACCCUGCACUCAACACGUGUGUCAAGAACGAGGCCGAGCAGGCCGUCGCUCGUCUUCGUGCCCACCCCUCUGUUGUCAUCUUUGCUGGUAACAACGAGGACUACCAGGUCGCCGAGAGCCAGGGUGUCGUCGACUACGACGACAACUCGGGUGACUACAUGCACACCAAGUUCCCCGCUCGCCACAUCUACGAGGUUCUCCUCCCCGAGGUCGUCAACCGUCUCUCCAACGUCUUUUACUGGCCCUCGUCGCCCUUCGGCGGUAAGACCAGCGGUGACCUCACUGUGGGUGACGUCCACCAGUGGAACGUCUGGCACGGUACCCAGGAGCCCUGGUCCAACUGGGACAAGCUCGCUGGCCGCUUCGUUUCCGAGUUUGGUAUGCAGGGCUACCCCUCUAUGCGCACUGUGCGCGAGUGGUUCGCCCCCGGCGAGGAGGACCAGUGCUUCCCCCAGUCGCGCAUCAGCGUCAACCACAACAAGGCCGACGGCUUUGAGCGUCGUCUCGAGCUCUACCUGAUGGAGAACUUCCGCCACGCCUUUGACAUGGAGAGCUACGUCUACUACACCCAGGCCAUGCAGGCCGAGACCCUCGGCGCCGCUUACCGCCUCUGGCGCCGUAACUGGAAGGGCCGCGGCAAGGAGUUUACUUCGGGUGCGCUCGUCUGGCAGAUCAACGACUGCUGGCCCUGCGUCUCGUGGGCCAUCUGCGACUACUACCUCCGCCCCAAGCCCGCGUUCUACGCCAUUGCCCGUGAGCUCCGCCCCUUCACUGUCGGCAUGGCGCGCAAGGAGGUCAAGACGAUGCAGGACGAGAUGACCCUCAACAACUUCACUCUCGAGUCUGAGCUUGAGCUUUGGGGCUGCAACGCCACCCUCGAGGCCAAGGAGGCCACCGUCGAGCUCGUCUCGUACGACCUCGACGUCGGAGAGGUCGACCGCCGGACCUUUGACGUCACCCUGGCUCCCAACGCCUCGACCGAGGUCUGGAAGGGUACUGUCCCCGGCCAGCCUACCCGCACUCUUCUGUCGCAGGUCGCUCGUCCCAUUGUCGUCCAGGCCCGUCUCCUUGCCAAGGACGGCGAGGUGCUCGCUCGCUACUCCAACUGGCCCGAGCCCUGGAAGUACCUCACCUUCCCCGACCCCAACCUCCAGAUCACUGUCGAGAACGACACGGUCACCAUCAAGGUCGACAAGCCCAUCAAGGGCCUUGCCCUGGAGGUCGAGGGCGACGAGGCCAAGUGGUCCGACCAGGCCCUCGACAUGUUCCCCGGCGACGUCCAGGUCGUUACCGCCAAGGGUCUCAACGGCCGUAAGGUCGUUUCCAGGUACAUUGGCGACGGUUCGGCUUGA